AUGGAAAAGUAAUCCCCUCCUCUUCCCCAAACUCAAUACAAUUCCCAAAUCAAAAAUCACAAGCCCUAGUCCCCAAAUCCAGCAAUCUACCGGCGGCGCAAUUCGUUCAGAGAUACAAUCUAACAAUCCACCGUAGCGGCGGCGCAAUUCGUUCAGAUAUAACGGCAGCCAUCUCAUCGUCGCCGGUAAUUCAUCUCUUUCUUCUCUCCCGCUGAAAUGUACUUCGACAGAAAUCCAUCAUUUUUAUUGGUGCUGCUAUUGGAUACAUAUCUUCUGCUAAUUUGAAUCGAAAUUGAAUCCUAGUGGUCUCUCCCUAGAUUUAUGCACGAUGCGCUCCAACAUAGCUCGAAUUCAGCUCGUGAGUUCACACCCUGAGGUUUACGAUCCAUGUGAUGAUUCAUUUGCACUGGUAGAUGCAUUGCUAGCUGAUCGAGCUAGCCUAAUCGACCACCGUCCCUCGAUUUGUAUGGAAAUCGGCUGCGGUAGUGGCUACGUCAUCACUUCACUCGCUCUGCUGCUCGAGAAAGAGUGCUCUGGCUCGUACUACGUUGCAACGGACAUAAACCCCCACGCCACCACAGUGACGCGCGAAACACUAGCCGCGCACGGGUGUUUUGCUGAGGUCGUGCACACGGAUAUUGCAUCGGGGCUGGAGAAGCGCUUGGCCAGAAGCGUGGACGUGAUGCUGGUGAAUCCGCCUUAUGUGCCGACUCCGGAUGCAGAGGUUGGUUGCCGCGGAAUCGCCUCUUCCUGGGCCGGGGGAGAGGAUGGGAGGCGUGUUAUCGAUAGGAUAUUGCCAGUCGCGGACGACCUUUUGUCGGAUAAGGGCUGGCUGUACAUGGUUACACUCACUGCGAAUAACCCCGUGGAGUUGUGUGUACAGAUGAGGAAGAAAGGGUAUGCUUCUCGGAUUGUUCUGCAGAGAUCGACAGAAGAAGAGAGCCUCAACAUCAUCAAGUUCUGGCGGGAUGUGGAUACCUUGCUGGAGGCGAAUGAGUGUACAGAAGUUGAGAAAACAGAGAAUGGGGCCGGGUUGGGAUUGCCUCAUUUUUCCCCGUUUUCGUGUUGGAAUUAUGGGAACCGCACUGCGAACUAGCGUAAAUAGGAUGGGGAAUCAUCUCAUCUUGAUUGGCUCAACUGCAAUUCUGAAACUCUUCGUAAGUUUUUUCUAACUGCGCCGGUUCUCGGUGGAACAAGAGGAGCUGAUGCAUCGUUCUUCAGUCGAGGAUGUAGCUAACAGACACAACAAAAUAACAGGGCUCACUGACCGACGUAUAUUUAUAAUCGAUGGUGGCGUUAUAAUCGAUGUCCGUGAUAAACCAUCGGUAAAAUGUCGUCGACGCUAUCCCGACAAACUUUACCUCCAUAUCACCACUGGACUUGUUCGUCGUUAAACAUGUCACCAACGCGGGUGAGUACCGAUGGAUUGGUGUCUAUCGCUAAUUGUUUUUUUCCUACUACUUUGUUCGUAGGUAAUCCGUCAAUUCGUGUUUAAUUAGUCAUAGGGGGGUUGGUUAGCUAUGACUAAUUAUCCCAUGAUUAUCCAUCUAGGAUUGAAUUGUGGUAUUGAAUCUCAUGAACCAAACACACUACAUAUUUAAUCCCGAAUACAAUCUUGCAAACCGAACACCCCCUAUAUGAUGAAUAGUAUAAUCGAAACUAGUUUGUACUUCAAAACGGUUACCAACAAAUCUUUUCGAUCAUUCAAAGAAUCAAAAUCAUGGCAUGUUUAUUUCGAAGUUCGACUCUAAAAAUUAGGUCAAGUUUGUACUUCAAUAAAUCAUUUUAUAUUCUAA